AGCAGUUAAACGUGUGGUGUCACUGUCGGGAAAAACACGGGGAUACAAACAAGACUACACUCCGUAAACAGCAGAGCUAAAUCCGGGAGAAAAGGCGGCGAAAGGACACCGGUACAUGCCGCUCGGUCCCCGGUGAGAUGGAUGGUCGACAUGGGGUGUAGACUUCUGCGGCGGGACUGAAGACGAUGGGCCCAGCGUCCCUGUGCUUCAGGAGAUGUCUCUGGGUCGGCUCCUGCGACGCGCCUCCUCCAAGGCCUCCGAUCUCCUGACCUUUAACCCCGGGGCGGGGGGCUUGUCGCUGCGCUCGGGCUUGGAUGGCGAGAUCAUCUUCUCCAAAAAUAACGUUUGCGUGCACCCUGCAGAGCCGCUGCCCGGCCUGGCAGAGCACCACCCAGGCUACCUGUGCGUCCACACGGAGAAGGACGAGAGCCUCGGCACCACUCUGAUUCUGACCUGGGUGCCCAACUCCCGCAUCCAGAAGCAGGACGAGGAGGCGCUGCGCUACAUCACACCGGAGAGCUCCCCUGUACGCAGGAAUGCACGGCGUCGAGCCCGACGACCCCACUCCCGUCACCCAGGAGCCCACGAGGAAGAUGAGGAUGAGGAGAGGAACAUCACCAGCAGCACCUCCGCAGAGAGCCACAGCCUUGCGAUCGAGGCGGGGGCGGAUCCCUCCUCACACCAGCAGCAGCUGCCCUCGACGGGGGAGGAGGGCGACGAGGGCUCCUGCGAGCUGUCGGACGAAGUGAGUCGGGACAGCACCAUGGGUUCGGACUCGGACACUUUCUCCUCCCCGUUCUGCCUGUCCCCCGUCAGCGAGGCCCUCUGUGAAAGCGGCGGCUCCGUCUUCCUGGACAGUGAGAGCAGGGAGCUGUGCGAGGAGUCAAUGACCCACUCCGCAAGCUCCGCCUCCAGCCUGGACAGCCACGCCCCCUCUGAGAGCGGCGGCCAGUCGCAUGGCGUGCGGUGGGAGGAGCAGCAGAAGGUGCUGGUUCUGGAGCAGUUGUGCGGCGUUUUCAGGGUGGACCUGGGUCACAUGCGGUCGCUGAGACUCUUCUUCUGCGAUGAGGCGUGUACCAGUGGCCAGCUGGUGAUUGCCAGCCGAGAGAGCCAAUAUAAGAUUCUCAACUUCCACCAUGCUGGCCUGGACAAGCUGGCUGAGGUCUUCCAACAGUGGAAGUGCUGCAGGGAAACUCAGCUUAAAGACCAGGUAUCUGAUGAGAAAUCCUGCAUGCAGUUUUCCAUCCAGAGGCCCACCCUGCCGUCCGCUGAGACUCACCCAGAGGAGAAGCUUUAUCGGCGGCUUGAUGUCACCACCUGGCUACGUCACCUCAACCACAACGGGCAGGUGGAGGAGGAAUACAAGCUACGCAAGGCCAUCUUCUUCGGCGGUAUUGACCCAUCCAUCCGUGGCGAGGUGUGGCCCUUCCUGCUGCACUAUUACAGCUACGACGACUCCUCUCAGGAGAGGGAGGCCUGGAGACUGCAAAAACGCUCCCACUAUCAUGACAUCCAGCAGAGGAGGUUGUCCAUGAGCCCAGAGGAGCACAGCGAGUUCUGGAGAAAGGUCCAGUUCACAGUGGAUAAAGACGUGGUGAGAACCGACCGCAGCAACAACUUCUUCAGAGGAGAGAACAACCCAAAUGUGGAGAUCAUGAGGCGGACUCUGCUCAACUAUGCGGUGUUUAAUCCAGACAUGGGCUACUGCCAGGGCAUGUCUGACCUGGUGGCCCCCCUGCUCACGGAGAUCCAGGACGAAAGCGACACCUUCUGGUGCUUCGUCGGUCUCAUGGAGAACACCAUCUUCAUCAGCUCGCCACGGGAUGAAGACAUGGAGAGGCAGCUGAUGUACCUGCGGGAGCUGCUGCGUCUCAUGCUGCCUCGCUUCCACCAGCACCUGACCAGGCUGGGGGAGGACGGCCUCCAGCUGCUCUUCUGCCACCGCUGGAUCCUGCUCUGCUUCAAACGAGAGUUCCCCGACACCGAGGCUCUGCGCAUGUGGGAGGCCUGCUGGGCACACUAUCAGACGGACUACUUCCACCUGUUCCUGUGUGUGGCCAUCAUUGUUCUCUAUGGGGAGGAUGUGACGGAACAGCAGCUCGCCACAGACCAAAUGUUGCUCCACUUCAGCAACCUCUCCAUGCACAUGAAUGGAGAGCUGGUGCUACGCAAGGCCCGCAGCCUUCUCUACCAGUUCCGCCUGCUACCCAGAAUCCCCUGCAGCCUACAUGACCUUUGUAAACUGUGUGGCCCGGGGAUGUGGGACAGCCGCUACAUCCCCACCGUGGAGUGUUCUGGUGAACACCCAGACUCACAGAGCUGCCCCUAUGGAGGCACCUCCACCCCCCAGCCCUCCUCACCCUCCCUGUCCUCCUCACCAAACCCCACCCCCACGCCUCCACCAGAGGGCAAGAAAGGCUCCAAAACCCGGGAUAUUUUCACCUUCCGGAAACAGUCCUGAGAAGGCUAUUGGGGAGCUUUGCUGGUCUUGGCUCACAUUGGCAAAGGUUUUGAAUCCAUCUCCUGGAUUCCUGAAAUACUUGCCGCCCUCUGACUCCUCUCCCCAAAGUCCCUGCUUCUAGUUUCCCAAUCUUGCUGAGGAUGUUUGUCGGUUGAUCCUUUUCAUGAGGUGCAAAGAGGAAUACUGCCUUACCAGAGUGAUAUUUGCAACGUUACAGCGUCACAUGAAUCCACGAUGAGGGCUGUUUGCUGCUGGACGGGGCCAGAAGUCAAAAAAGCUGCUUCUCUCUUUGGGGCAGAAUGGACAAUCACCAGGCGCUGUGUUGGUCUGGGGCUUCUUCAGGUUUGAGUCUGCUGCUGGCUUGGCAUACUUCCAGGGGCUUUGUGGGCAGGGGUCACAUCAGGGUCUGAGGCAACCCGGCCUGAAAUCGUGCAGACUCUGACCGAGGGUCUAAUGAAACUGGAGAUUCAUUCACAAGGACUUGAACUUGAACUUUUGCAAAUGUUGCCGUGUUCUCACAAUGGGAUAUUUGUGUGAAUAUCAAAUUACAUGUGCGUAUCUCUGAGUCUGAGCAGUACACGUUAAACACGACAUCCAAACCUUCUGUGUUAACAAAGAAGGGUUAACCUACAAACAGGAUUAUAACGAGUUACUGGUACUUUUUAAGUUUUGUUCAAUUUCAUUUUCAAACAAGUGAAUGUUUGCGUUUAUAUCAGCAGUUACAAAUAUUUAGCAAUACUAUAUCCUUGCAUGAACGAUUCUUGACAUAUAGAGGGCACGACUUGUUUGGAAAACACUAAAAGCCCAAAACAGAAGUAAGAACGUGUUUACACAACAAACACUCGCAUCAUAGGGCUCUGCUUGUUUCCUCAUCGGAUUGCGGAAAAGGAGCGUUCUCGUAAUUUGUCUCUGUUAUAAUGGUGUUUCCCGACAGGCGGUAGGAAGCCAGGCAUAUGUUUCCCUCUGAUAAAAGUCCCACAAACACAAAUGUUAAUUUUACCUGUCGAGCAAUAGGAGCUUAAACCAUUUACGCAAUACCGCCGUAAGAUAUCAUUUAGUGUGAAGCAUCGGAUGGAUAUGACGGCGCUGUCUGCCAAAGAAAGCAUCGAUCAUGUUUUUAUCCUGACAGGAAAAUUGACAGCCUGGUGUUUUACUUGAAGUUUUGUCUUUUUGUGUUGAACCAUGUUUACACGGUUGUGAAAAAUAGUCGGCACAGUGGGUUUUUGUUUUUUUUGUCUCCAGCGUUCUCUCCACUUUCUCCUUAAAAUGGCAACAACGCACUAAGAAUCAGUCCACAUGAAUGUAUCUGUUUCUUUUGCUUCCUUUCACUCCACAGUGUGAAAGUGUGUGUGUGUGUGUGUGUGUGUGUGUGUGCGUGUGUAUAUAAACUGGAGUGACCUCUCAACAUCUGGUAAUGAGUUAGAGAACAGCCAUAGGGCCCCCCCCUGACUAGUCUCUUUAAUUAUAGCAGUCAUCAUGGGGAGGAAAAGAGAAGGAAAGUAAAGCUGGCCCUGUGGAGAAAAAAAAUAAAUAAAGGAGAGAUGGAGAGAAACGUGUGAAUUAAGCUUUGCACAGGAAUCUAUAGUGAUCUGCAUCUUGCCUCUGUGAUUUACAAGUCCCAGAGUCAAAGACGGCCUCAUCUCUGAGGCUUUUCCCUGAGAGCUUUUGAGUGACACUCCUGGGGCUUAAAACAUCUUCAAAUUGUUGCUGAAAUGUAACAUUAAGACCUUCAAUCAGCCCCUCCUCCUCCUCUCUCGCUCUGUCUCUCUUGUGGUCUCUCGCUCUCUCACUCAGCAAGCAGUCUCUGCAAAUGACAUUCAUAACUGCUCCUUUUCCCUAUUAGUUAUCAUGUGCUUGCUGGAAAUGCCCGCAGAGUUUUGAAGAUUGGGUGGCUGAUUUAAAAAGAGCAAAGUCAGAGAUGCAUGAUGGGAAAGUAAUGUGUGUGUGUGUGUGUGUGUGUGUGUGUGUGUGUGUGUGUGUGUGUGUGUGUGUGUGUGUG